AUGGCAUAUUCAGCCGACUCCGAGAGCAUGCUGAGGUAUCCAGAGCAAAUGCAACAUGACCCCAUACUCACAGACUCGGACCAAAAGUUUAUGACGCAUUGGUUUGAGUCUCUAGAAGAGGACGAACCACCGAAUGGAAUGUUAGACAUCAAUGGACAGCCACAAACACAGCAACAAGGGCAACAGGGUCUAGCAUAUGCCGACCCUCUUCAUAUGACCAGACCAUUUCAGCCAAACUAUCAACUUGAAUCUUCUCAAUCUCCGUAUCCCAGUUACUAUAAUAUCCCAACAUCUAUCAAUAUCCCUAACAACAAUUUCUCACCAAAUCCUACUUUUCAUAAUGGUGGGAUGAUUGGAAAUGCAAUGUCAAAUAGCUUUGUCCAUAACUCGCUUAGGCAGGGUCAUAUUGGUGUCGGGCUGAAUGGGAUAAACGGAAUGGGAGGAUCUGAACAAACAAUUCCAUCUCGUCGUCAGCGAUCACCGUCGCCAAAUGAUGGAUCAAGAGGAUCGAUAAAACGCAAUCCAUCUCGACGGAAGAGUGUGAGGGAGUCGAAUGAUGUCGCUGAGGAUGAGCGUGCUGCGCGUGCAGGAAAUAAAAACGAGACUUUGAGGCAACAGCAAGACGAUGGUGAGUUCAUACAACAGCAACAAGGAACAUUGUUGGAGUCAAGGGAAAGGAGAUCACAAAGUGGAGACGACGGCGAGAAAACAGACGGACAGCAAUCACAGUCGAGUGAGUCCGAGUCUAGCGGGAAGCAACUUGGGGACGGUGAUAAAAGUAACGAAGUCAGUGGUAGCAGCAAUGGCAAUGCGUCUGCUAGUACUAGUUUAACCUCUGCAACAACAAAACCGAAUCCCAUGCCAAGCAGAGGUGGGCGAAGCAAAAAAGGUCAUCAUGAGUUACUUACAGAGGCAGAGAAGAAGGCUAAUCAUAUUGCAUCUGAGCAGAAAAGGAGACAAAAUAUUAGACUUGGGUUUGAUCAACUGGUGGAGAUUGUGCCCACGUUAAGUCAGUGUCAUCGAAGCGAAGCAUUGAUUUUGCAAAAGUGUGAGUAUGAAGUUGGGAAUGUUAGGACAAUAGAAAUAUUGACUGUUGAGUAUAUACAGCAGCUUCUUAUACAGAAGAAUGAUUUGAAAGAUCGAGUGAAGUCUCUUCAGCAGACACUCGGAGAUACACCCGAAAGAUAUGAUGACUCUUCAUCUGAGGGUGAGCUGGACAUAAUGUUCUGA